AUGGCUUCUAAGCAAAUGUAUGCCUUAGCCAUCAUCAUGGCCAUCCUUCCUGCGAUUGCUCUAGCUAAGGAAUUCGUAGUUGGAGAUGGCACUGGGUGGACCUUCAACUUCGAUUAUCAAGCCUGGGCUGCCGGCAAGGAUUUUCGGGUCGGAGAUAAACUCGUUUUCAAAUAUCCUGCGGGAGCUCACAAUGUCUUCAAGGUGAAUGGAACCGCUUUCCAGGACUGCACUGUGCCACCGGUGAACGAAGCUCUCAUUACUGGAAAUGAUAUAAUUACCCUUGCAACCCCUGGUAGGAAGUGGUACAUUUGUGGAGUAGCCAAGCACUGUGCCAACGGAGGUCAGAAGCUCGCAAUCACCGUCCAAUCGAAUUUGCUAGCUCCGUCUUUGCCGCCUAUUGGAGCUGAAGCACCCAGUUUGGCAAAUGAGAUCAUGGCAUCUAAAUAUCAAGUCCUGAUGGUGGGUGCAGUUGCCAUUGCUGCGAUGUUGAUCACGGUUUGA